GCAACCAAGUCGACCGGCCACGCAUUACAUCCACCAUAUUCCAGCCUUGUACUCUAUUGGAUAUACCUCCCUCCUGUACGGCAUACUCGGUCGACUCGACGCAACCGGAGGCCAAAAUGGCAAACUCCAACGUCCCGCUAAACCCAACCUUCUUUGGCCAUGUUGCCUCCACUUUGGAUGCUCUGGUUCUGUUUGAGGCAUGCCUGAGCAGUGCCCUGCAUCACGUCCCCCGACGACCUCACGAUCGCGAACGCCAAGAUCUUAUCAAGAGUGGCAAUGUGUUCAUUUAUGAGGAACACUCGUCCGGGAUCAAGCGCUGGACCGACGGUGUUGCCUGGAGUCCCAGUCGAAUCUUGGGUAAUUUUCUUAUUUAUCGCGAGCUCGACAGACCGUUCCCUCCCGGCGAGAAAAAACGUGCCAUGAAGCGCAACAAGAAGCCCACGGGUGUUACAAAGCCUGAGGUCACGCGUCAAGGAAGCGUCAAUGGAACGGGCGCCAGCAUGGGCAUGGGGGAUGGUUCGCAGGGCAACAAGGAGGCCGAACGCGCUCUCAUCGGCUCUCUAGUCGACUCAUAUCCUUUCAAGGAGAACGGUCUCGUGAAGAAGACGAUCAGCGUUACGUACCAAGGCGUGCCGCACCAUCUGGUAUCUUACUACAACGUGGAAGACGUCACAGAAGGAAAGCUCAUGACUCCUUCAAAGGACCACCAGCUUUCCACCAUCAUCCCUCGCGGGGAGUUGAUCAUGUCACAGAACUUCCGGGCUCCCAUUGACGAGGUCGAAAUGGACGACUCGCGUGGCGCCCACGGCCUCUUCGCUCACGCUUAUCCGGUUAACGGCCAUCAUCACCAGAGCUUAUCACGGGCCAUGUCGGUGCCCUCGUUGCACCACAUGGGCGGCGGCAUGGGCGGGCCUCAGUUUGGACAACCGCCUUAUAUGUCGUCAUAUUUAAGCGGCGUUCCGGGAUCCGUCAGUAACGUGGGCUAUGCACAGGCUCAGCACCCAAGCUACGGGUAUGACAACAUCAGCAGAGCCAGUCGGUAUCCUCCUAGCGCCGGUUUGACCCCCGACAUAUCCCGAACCAUGGCUCUCGAGUCGCAGCAUCAUCCUAGGCGUCACUCAGCAGCUUACGAACCUACGUCGGGCCCGGAUAUGAGCCUCGCCAGCAGUUUGCCAGCCGUCCCGACAGAUCCCUCUCGCGGCAUGGGUGGCAACUACAUGACUUCGAUGCUAUACUCGCAGCAACGUGUUCACGACCUGUCGCCGCACGAGCCCUUCCCCUCACCCUCUCCCCGAAAUGUUCACUCCGAAUCGGGGCUGGGUGGUGACCGGUCGCUACAACCAUUUGACGGACUAGGUACUCGCGAAACUUGGAAUUCGUUCGAACAAUUAGAGGAAGACCAGGGACAGUAUAUCUCCCAGGGAAAUACAGCUUGGCCAGGCAGCAACAACAACUCAUUGGGUAGAACUUGAACAUGAGCAUCGCCAGGCACAGAAAAGUUACAGCCACCGCAGCUGUCCAACACCCGUCGGUGUUGGACGUCGGAAGGAGGAUACAACUAUGAUAUGGGUCCAACAGAGGAUCGCCCUUGAACGACAGUGUGGAAAUGUUGCGGGGUUACAUAUCCUUGAGUGACAGGAAGAAGAAGAAGAAAAAUGGGCGUCGAGCAAGGUGGAGAACCAAAAACAGCGCAGCGCCGAGGCUGCGGUUUGCGAUGAGCUUGUACUGUUUGGAAGAACGAAACAGGCACGCCAGACUGGGGUAAUGCGGCCCCAGAGUAUUCGGAGCCGGAAAAAGGUCUAGGUUGCGCCGUUAAAAAAGUUUACCUGGAAAGCAAUU